AUCCCCUACCCGUCCACCGGAACGCCGACCACCACAAAAUUGAACCCCAGGAGCCCAAUAUUAGGGCAUCCCCGAUCGAACGCUAGGGUUUCUAAGGUCUCCCAUUUCCUCCUCGCGAGGGUGUGAGACAGAUAGAUGGACGCCACCCAGGACGACGCGAGGUAUCUCCCCAAUCUUCCCUCCCCUUCGAUCUGCCGCCGCCCCUUCUCCUCCUCUUCCUCCUCCUCCUCCUCCUCCCCCCUUGGAUCCAAGAUCUCCGCCGCUCGGAAAUCCUCCUUCCAUCCGCCGAUCGGCCGUAGCUACGCCGAUGAGGACGACGAAGACGAUCGGAACGACACGGAUGAAGCCGUGGACGAACACGAUGAUGAUGAGGACGAGAACGACGGUGGCGAUAGACAUCGCAAGAUCCGGGGGGAGGAGGAGGAGGAGGAGGAGGAGGCGGAAAGCCGCGGGAAGCGGAGGAAGCUGGACAAGUUCGCCCUAGGGUUCGAAUUCGCCCCCCGCGUGCCUCGUCCCGCGAUCGUGACACUGGAGGGCAAGUUUCCCGCGAAAAGCUCUCCCACCGAUUGGUCGGAAGACUCGACCUUCGUGCUCCUCGACGCCUGGGGCGAUCGCUAUGUCCAGAACGGCCGGAAGAGCCUCCGAUCCGACGAGUGGUGCGACGUCGCCAAGAAGGUCGCUCAGUUCUCGAGGACCACCCGAUCCGACGCCCAGUGCCGGAACCGACUCGAUACUCUGAAAAAGAAAUACAAGAAAGAGAAGGUGAGGAUGGCGGAGCAAGCGAGUCCUAGCAGCAAGUGGGUUUAUUUCAAGAAAAUGGAUGAAUUGAUAUCGUCUCCGUCGCCUCCAGCUGCGGGGGCGCGGCAGCAGCAACCUCCGCAGCUGUCGUACGGGGUUGAUGCAGGGGAGUACGUCUUUGCGAGCUCCAGUGUCUAUCCGAACCGCUCGAAUGGUAAUGAUGAGACGAGGGACAGCCCAGGAGGCACGGGAUCGGAGGAGGAUGUGGACGAGGAGGAUGAUGAUGAUGAGUCCGAUGGGCUUCGUCCAAGGAGGGAGAAGGUUUCGAUGGGGAGCUCGGAUUCUUCGUUCAGAAUGCUGGCCGAUUCCAUUCAAAAGUUUGGGGAGAUAUAUGAGAAGAUGGAGAGCAGAAAACGGCAGCAGAUGGUGGAGCUGGAGAGGAUGAGGAAGGAAUUGCAGAGGGAUUUGGAGAUGCAUAAGAGGAAGGUUUUGGAGAGGGCACAGGCGGAGAUUGCAAAGAUAAGGGAGGAAGAGGGGGAGGAGGAGGAGGAGGAGAGUGAAAAUGAUGAGGACGGGGAUGAGGUUGAUGUUUCUGCCGAUAACUUGAGCGGGUGAGAUUCAUUUUUGGUUCAUUACAUCUGACAGCCAUCAACAUGAGUUGAGGAGCAUAGCUUCUGUAACUGAAGGCUGUGUAGGAAAUUUGCAACAAGAAUAGGAGAGGCUGAGAAUUUGCUUGCAAAUAAUGUUAUUGUACGCGCCAUAGCAAUGUGGAUGUAAUUUAAAUUAAGUUUUACAUAUUCAAGGCUGAGGAGGCUUUUUAUUUUUCACUAAGCUCCGAAUAAACACAUUUAAGCAGGUUUUUAUUAUCUAUUUUUGUCUGAGUUCUAACAACAGUUGAUUUUCCAGGCC